GUGAAUGAUAAUUAUGGUACUACAAAGGAGAUUAAAAAGGAUUAUUAUUAUUUUUUUUCUUUCUGAGAUGAAGUGAAAUAAAAAAAAGAUGAAUCUAACAAAGCAGCGAUGAGUGAGCGCGGAGAGUGUGGGAGCCAAACUUGCAAAGAAAAUUUAAGAAAAGGAGUGAUGGUGUAAUAAUGAAUGACAUAUAAUGAAGUGAGAAUUGGAUCAUCCAUGAAGUGCAAAUCGGUAGCCUGCAUAUGGUCCGGCACGCCCUUCCCUCACCGCGUCACCGCCGUCGCCGCCCUAACCGAACCACCAACGCCGUCCUUCUAUACCGCCGGAUCCGAUGGCUCCGUCAUCUGGUGGUCCCUCUCCCAUUCCAAUCCCACUUCCCCGCCGCAAGUUCAGGCGGUCGCCGUGUUGUGCGGUCACGCCGCACCGGUCACCGAUCUCGCCGUUUGCAGUCCCAUCGCCGGUGCAGAAAACGGUUUCGGUUCAAGUACAAGUAAAUUCACUGCGUUGAUAAGUGCGUGCUGUGAUGGUUUUUUGUGUGUGUGGAGCAAAAACAGUGGUCAUUGCCGGUGCCGGAGGAAAUUGCCACCGUGGGUGGGAACUCCUCGCAUAAUUCGAACCUUGCCUUCAACUCCGAGAUACGUAUGUAUAGCUUGUUCUUUUGAUGAUUACUCUGUUAUAAAUGAAGGUGCUAUUGAUAGAGAAACUCAGCCUAGGAAGCCCUCUAAGUGCACUAUUCUUAUUGUGGACACGUAUUCGCUUUCCAUUACUCAAACUGUGUUUCAUGGAAUCCUAUCUAUUGGUCCCAUUAGGUUUAUGGCUCUGGUGUUAGGCGAUGGUGAGAAGAGGAACUCGGUGUUUGUGGCCGAUUCGGCUGGGAGGGGGCAGAUGGUUUUGAUUUCGGAGGAUGGAGGGGAAAGCUUGGCGGCUUCACUUGGAGAUCAAGGUCAAUUGGAGAGUUCUUUUUGCUAUGAGGGAUUGAGUGGUGUGGAGAAAAUUGAGUCGGUUUUGACGUAUGGAAAUCUUGUUGCUUUUAUAUUGAAAGACAGGUGUGUGUUUAGGUUGUUGAAUGGUGAUACUGUGAUUGGAGAGGUUUCUUUUGUGGACAGUCUGUUUGGUUUGGAUUGGGGUUCUGCUAAAACAUAUGCUAUUGGUGGCAUUUUUCUUGAAAGUGACAAUGUGGGGAAUGCCAAUGAAGAUGGAAAUUCAAUUACAGUACAAUUUGUUCUGUGGAAUAAUGUAGGUUAUGCAGUUAUAUAUAAUGUGUCGUAUAAGAAUGAUGUUUUUCUUUGUGAACCCCAUUCUGAGAUUCCCGGGGCUUGUUAUCAACCUGACGUGAGACUAUCUGUUUCUUUCCAACAAGUAAAUCGAUAUCUUGUGUGCAUCAAGUCAGUUUGCUUUAAUUAUGAGGACCCUUUACUAUGGAGACCGUUUGCCACAGUCUGGUCACUGCACCAUUUUGAUGAUGAACCUGGUAGAUUGUACCGUCAAUGCAGAGUUAUCAGUGAUGGUGUAUCUUUCUCAAACUGGUUUGAGAAGUCUACUCAGCUCAAGGGACUGGAUGGUCUAGAGACUACACCUACUUUUGGUGCGAGUCCUAGUUCUGAUGAUGUAGACAACACAAAUGUGGAUAGCACAAGUAAUUAUUAUGAUUACAAAGGGAAGGUAGUUUCUUCUUCCAUGAUUAUCUCUGAGAACCUCUUUACUCCUUAUGCUGUUGUAUAUGGUUUUUUAAGUGGAGAAAUAGAGGUUGUGAGAUUCGAUCUGUUUCAAGGGAUUUGCUUCGAUGGUGCAAGUUCCAAUCCUGAUGAAAAAUCAACUUCAUGCAAACAGUACUUCUCAGGACAUACGGGUGCUGUACUUUGUUUGGCAGCACAUCAAAUGAUGGGUAGUGCCAAAAGCUGGACUUUUAAACGGGUUUUGGUGUCUGGAAGUAUGGAUUACACAGUUCGUAUAUGGGAUCUUGACACUGGCAGUCUUAUUAUGGUAAUGCAUCAUCAUGUGGCUCCUGUGCGUCAAAUUAUUCUUCCCCCUUCUUUGACCGUGCAUCCAUGGAGUGAUUGCUUCCUUUCAGUUGGAGAGGAUGCAUGUGUUGCUCUUGUUUCUCUUGAGACUCUGCGAGUGGAGAGAAUGUUUCCUGGACACAUGAACUAUCCUUCUAAAGUUAUAUGGGAUGGAGCAAGAGGUUAUAUUUCAUGUCUCUGUCAAACACAUUACGGAACUUCUGAUGCUACUGAUGUAUUAUACAUUUGGGAUGUAAAGACAGGUUCACGCGAGCGAGUCCUACGUGGGACCGCUGCGCAUUCAAUGUUUGAUCAUUUUUGCAAAAGCAUAAGCAUGAAUUCCAUAUCAGGCACAUUGCUGAAUGGAAAUACAUCAGUCUCUUCAUUACUUCUUCCAAUAGUUGAUGAUGCAAGGUUCUCUAAUUCCCCCUUAAAUCGGUCAGACAACAUGCUUACUUCAUCAAGAUCGUCACCAAAUAUUUCAAAUAUGACUGAGCUGAAUUCUUCCAAAACAAAUGCAGGUAAAGGAAAUUCAUUGAAGCCAAAAUUGUCCUCUCUGACUGGUCUUUUGAGUAGCAAGCUUCCUAUCAAAUGCUCUUGCCCAUUCCCGGGGAUUGUGUCUCUGUGUUUUGAUCUUACAUCAUUGAUGCUCUCUUAUCAAAAGAAUGAGUCCAUGGAAAAUGGUGGUGGCAAGCCAGUGAAUAUCAAUUUGAAGCAACAGGGAGCCCAGGAACAAAAUCCCAGCCACCAUACUUCAAAAACUUUUGAGGGUCAUGACUUGAUUAGCCUAUUCGAAGAAUACUUACUUCGAUAUAGCUUGUCAUUUCUGCAUUCGUGGAGUGUAGACAAAGAACUUGAUAAUUUGCUGAUAAGUGACAUGAAGCUGAGGAGACCAGAAAAUUUUAUAGUAGCUUCUGGUCUGCUGGGGGAUAAAGGGUCAUUGACAUUGACGUUUCCCGUUCAGAGUGCUACUCUUGAGCUCUGGAAAUCAUCAUCUGAGUUUUGUGCAAUGAGAUCAUUGACGAUGGUAUCCCUUGCCCAACGUUUGAUUAGCUUGUCUCACUAUGGUUCAGCAGCCAGCAGUGCUUUAGCAGCCUUUUAUACUCGGAAUUUCCUGGAAAAUUUUCCAGAUGUGAAGCCACCUUCAUUACAGCUCUUGGUGGCUUUUUGGCAAGAUGAAAGUGAACAUGUACGUAUGGCUGCACGUUCUAUAUUUCACUGUGCUGCCUCUCAUGCUAUUCCUCUGCCUCUAUGCAAUUCAAAAGCCACUGAGUCACACAAUAUGGGUUCCCGAACUGGAAGUAGAGACAAACAUCUAGGAAAUAUGACAGAAGAAAGCAUAUCUCCUAAGGCAGAAAAACAAGGAAUUUCCCAAGAUGAGGAAUCUAAGAUACUUGCUUGGCUGGAGUCAUUUGAAGUGCAAGAUUGGAUUUCUUGUGUUGGUGGAACCAGUCAGGAUGCAAUGACAUCCCACAUUAUUGUUGCUGCUGCACUGGCUAUCUGGUACCCUAGUCUUGUGAAGUCAAGUCUUGCCGCACUAGUUGUUCAUCCAUUAAUGAAAUUGGCUAUGGCUAUGAAUGAGAAGUACAGCUCCACUGCUGCUGAGCUCCUUGCAGAGGGUAUGGAGAGUACAUGGAAAGAAUGCAUAGUCUCUGAGAUUCCUCGCCUGAUUGGGGAUAUUUUUUUCCAAGUAGAGUUGAGUGGCCCAUCUUCCAAGUCAGUGACAGAAAUUUCAGAAGCAUCUUUUUCUAUUAAACAGACUUUGGUGGAGGUUCUUCUUCCAAGUUUAGCUAUGGCUGAUAUACCAGGCUUUUUGACUGUGAUAGAAAGCCAAAUUUGGUCUACUGCAUCUGAUUCACCUGUCCACAUGGUGUCCUUGUUGACUCUUAUAAGGAUCAUGCGUGGUUCUCCGAAGAAUUUGGCUCAAUACCUUGACAAGGUGGUCAGCUUCAUUUUACAGACUAUAGAUCCUAGCAACUCAGUCAUGCGGAAGGCAUGCUUCCAGAGUUCAAUGACAACUUUCAAGGAAGUUGUACGUGUAUAUCCCAUGGUUGCUGUCAAUGAUUCAUGGACCAAACUUGCAGUUGGAGAUGUGAUUGGAGAAGUUAACAACGCAAACAUUAGGGUUUAUGAUAUGCAGAGUGUGACAAUGGUAAAGGUUUUGGAUGCAAGUGGCCCUCCAGGACUUCCAACUCUGCUCACAGCAGCAACAUCAGGAACAAUGUUGACUACUGCAAUUUCAGCACUGAGCUUUUCACCAGAUGGAGAGGGGCUGGUUGCUUUUUCUGAACAUGGGCUGUUGAUUAGAUGGUGGUCACUGGGAUCUUUCUGGUGGGAGAAACUAAGCCGGAACUUUGUUCCUGUUCAGUGCACCAAACUAAUCUUUGUUCCUCCCUGGGAAGGAUUUUCACCUAAUUCAUCCAGGUCAAGCAUAAUGGCCAAUAUUUUGGAAACUGACAGGCAGCUGAACUUCCAGGAUAAUGCGAAGGAUUCAAAUCACGGGGACUGUCUGAAACAAUUGCUUCAUAACCUGGAUCUGUCCUAUAGACUAGAAUGGGCUGAGGGGCGGAAAGUACUUCUUACAAGGCAUGGUCAUGAAUUGGGCACUUUUCAGUUAUAAGCAGUGCUGACUCUUUGAAAUUCUUGCUGGGAAUUUUCAUUGAUUUCAUAAUUUUAGUGGUGGCUAUCAGCAACAGAAGAUUUUUUAUUAGCUCGUACUAGCACACUGUUUGAGGAGGUAUUCAUUGGAGCUCUUAUAAUUGGACACUGUCACUGCCUUUGUGAAGAUUUAUCGAGAUCAACUUGAUGGUAACAUGAACCAAUUAGAUGGUCUUAGUGUGGCUUGAGAUAAAUUUGGCUAUCUUUUGGAUAAAAUACUGGGAAAAGGAAGAACUGAGUCUUACACUAUAUAGGAACCGUUAAUUAAUUUGCAGUUAGGGACCGAAUAGUUACAAAAGUUAUUCAAUAUGAAUAACCACUCUCUGACUAUUUGGUCACUAUCUGUGAAUAAGUAGUUUGUUAAGUCCCCAAAGAAAAAUUGGAAAUAUUAGCCUUCAUAGGUCAAUUUGAGCAAUCUUUUAUAUGUAACUUGAGAGAAAUUAUGUUGAUCUGUCCCCAAUUUUACAGAGAGCACCCUCCCCCCUCUCAAAUUUUGUACAGGACUCUGGCUUCUCAUGUAGUUUAUUUGAGGUUUUAUUUAUUUAUUUAUUUUUUUGUGAUGAUCAACAUUAAGAUUAAUAUGGUCACAUAAUAUUUUGAGUAAACAAGGGAAAGCAAAUAAAAGAAGUCCAUGAUUAUAUGCGGUA